GAGAGGUUCAGUCCAAGAAUGAUGUGUGAGUGAGGAGGAGUGUUGAUGUUUAGCCCCAGGCCAUGGCACUAGACACUUAAGGGAGAAAGAUGAGUUCAAGUUUCCUUUUCUGGGAGGCAACUUCUGGGGGACCUGAGGAUAAUUUACUGAUAAAAAGAGAGGUAUAGCCCUCAUUUCAGGCCCGGAGUUUAGAUUAUAGUUUUCUGCGUCCUCCCCUGCCAUUUUUACUGUGUGCUGAACACAGCGGUCACUGGAAAUGAGGAGAGGGCAGGCACCAGUGCCAUCAGACCUGGCAUCUCUUCCACUUGGGAAGUUGGAGUGGAGGGUGAGGAGGGCAUGGAAGUGUGGGGAGAAAGACUGAAGAUCCUGGAGAGAGAAGCUGUACAUUGAUUGAACUGUCCCCAUGUGGGCAGGGACUUGUGGUUUUUACAGACGUGGCCAUACAUUUCUCCCAGGAGGAGUGGGGCCUCCUUGAUGAGGCUCAGAGAAGCCUGUACCUCGAUGUGAUGCUGGAGAACUUUGCACUUUUGUCAUCACUAGGUUGUUGGCAUGGAGCCCAGAAUGAGGAGGCACCUUCAGAGCGAGGUGUUUCCAUGAGAGUGUCACAGGUCAGGACUCCAAAGCCAGGUCCGUCCAUCCAGAAAGCCCAGCCCUGUGAGACAUGUAGCUCACUGUUGAAAGACAUUUUGUGCCUGGCUCAGCACGAUGGAACACACCCUGAGCAAGGACUGAACACUUGUGGGGCAAAGCUUUACCAGCGCCAAAGGCAGCAGAUUAACAAGAAACUUUCUAGAAGGGACAAGGGGAGGCCUUUAUUUGUGAAGAACAGCAGUGUUCACAUGACAGAGGGGACCUUGAUGUGCAUCGAAGGUGGGAAGGGCUUCCCAGCUGGCAAAGUCCUUUUGCAUCCCCGGGCCCCUCACAGUGGAGGGAAGCCACACAGGGACACUGAGGAUGGAGAGGCCUUUGAAAAUGGACAAAAUGAUUACAAGUGCACUCGAUGUGGGAAAGCCUUCAGCCAUAAAUGCAUACUUGUUGACCAUGAGAAAAUCCACCCUGGAGAAAAGCUUUAUGAGUACAGAGAAUGUGUGAUGGCCUUCCUUAGAAAGUCCCACCUUGAUCAGCACCAGAAAGUCCACACUGAAGCUGGGCUUUAUGAGCACCUGGAAUGUGGAGUAUUCUUUAAACAAAUAUCUGGCCUCAGUGACCACCAGAGAAUUCACACCAGGCCAAGGCCUUUUGAGUGCAGCCAAUGUGGGAAGGCCUUCCUUAGACUGUCCCGACUCAUUGUUCACCAGAAAAUCCACACUGGAGAAAGACCUUAUGGUUGCAGUGAAUGUGGAAAAUUCUUUAGGAACCACUCCACCCUCACUAGACAUCAGAGAGUUCACACUGGAGAAAGGCCUUACAAGUGCAGUGAAUGUGGGAAAGCUUUUACCCGCAAACAUAAACUUGUUGAGCAUCAGAAAAUCCACAGUGGUGAAAAGCCUUAUGAGUGCAGCGAAUGUGGGAAAGCUUUCAGCCGCAAGGACAAAGUUGUUGAGCACCAGAAAAUCCACACUGGAGAAAGGCCUUUUGAGUGCAGCGAAUGUGGGAAAGCUUUCAGACGCAAACAUAAACUUGUUGGGCAUCAGAAAAUCCACACUGGGGAAAGGGCUUAUGAGUGCCACGAAUGUGGUAAAUUCUUUAUGGACAGUUCCUCACUCAUUAUUCAUCAGAGAGUUCACACUAGAGAAAGGCCUUAUGAAUGCAGCAAAUGUGGGAAGUUCUUUAGGUACCGCUUCACACUUAUUAGACACCAGAGAAUUCACACUAGAGAAAGGCCUGAUGAGUGCAGCAAUGUGGGAAAUUCUCUAUUUGUGGCUCCACGCUCAUUUGACAUUGGACAAAUCACACUAGAGAAAGGCCUUAUUAGUGCAGCUAAUGUGGGAAGUUUUUGUGGUACAGCUCCAGACUCAUUACACAUUAGAGAGUUUAAGUUGAUGUAAGUCCCUGUGAGAACUGCAAACAUGGGAACAUCUUUACAUAUGACUCCAGCCUCGUUAAACAUUGUUGAAUUUGCAACAAUGGAGAAAUGCCUUAUGAACGCAGUGAAUGUGGGAGAGUCUUUAGCCAAAACUCUCACUUAUUUGGCUUCAAAAAGUUCAUACCGGAGAAAGAACUUAAGAGU